AGAGAGGGAUCCUCCAUCCUUCCUGGUGGGAGGUUUGAGAUGAGCUGCGCAGAGCCGUCCAAACCGACGCAUCUUCCUGGCCUGUCCCCCCUCCUCCUCCUCCCUUUCUGUCGGUCUCUCUCUUUUUCCUCCUUUCCUGUCUGACACUAGUCCACCUGAAGGGGAAGUGCACAAAGCCGAUAAGGAAAUCCGACGCGUCCACCGAGGUCCGUCCGUCCGCGGCAUGUUGCGGUAAAAGGCCCGCUAAAAGGGGAUGUAGAGAAGGGGUCCGAGGCACCGCGCCGUGUCUGCUCUGCUCUGCCCAGCCCGCUGCAUCGCUGAGCGGCCUGCGAGCCUCACAAGAUGUCGACCAGAACGCCAUUGCCCACUGUGAACGAGCGUGACACCGAGAAUCACUCAUCGGUGGACGGCUUUGUUGAGCCUCCAGCUCCCCCAACAAAGUCUGCGAGUCGUCACAGCCUGCCACGAUGUCGCAACUCUUUCACCUCCACAGAUGAGCAGCCUCAUAUCGGCAACUACCGCCUCCUUAAGACCAUAGGAAAGGGGAACUUUGCCAAAGUGAAGCUAGCAAGGCACAUUCUGACUGGGAGAGAGGUAGCGGUGAAAAUUAUAGACAAAACCCAGCUGAAUCCGACCAGUCUACAGAAGCUUUUCAGGGAAGUCAGAAUAAUGAAGCUACUGAAUCAUCCUAAUAUAGUAAAAUUGUUUGAGGUGAUUGAAACAGAAAAGACACUUUAUUUGGUGAUGGAGUAUGCCAGUGGAGGAGAGGUAUUUGACUACCUGGUGGCUCAUGGCAGGAUGAAGGAGAAGGAGGCCAGGGCCAAGUUUAGGCAGAUUGUGUCUGCAGUGCAGUAUUGCCAUCAGAGAAGAAUAGUACACAGGGAUCUAAAGGCUGAGAAUUUAUUGCUGGAUGCUGAUAUGAACAUCAAGAUAGCAGACUUUGGCUUCAGCAACGAGUUCACUGUGGGCAGCAAACUGGACACUUUCUGUGGCUCUCCACCGUAUGCAGCUCCUGAACUCUUUCAGGGAAAAAAAUAUGAUGGUCCUGAGGUGGACGUCUGGAGUCUUGGUGUUAUCCUCUACACACUGGUCAGCGGAUCACUGCCUUUUGACGGACAGAACCUAAAGGAACUUCGGGAGCGGGUUCUACGAGGAAAGUACCGCAUUCCUUUUUACAUGUCCACAGACUGUGAAAACCUGCUGAAGAAACUCCUUGUGCUCAACCCCGUCAAACGAGGCAGUUUAGAGCAAAUCAUGAAAGACCACUGGAUGAAUGUGGGUCACGAUGAUGAGGAGCUCAAACCUUACAUCGAGCCAGAGUCUGAUUUCAACGAUUCGUCCAGAAUAGAGCUCAUGGUGACCAUGGGUUUCCCUAAAGAAGAGAUCACAGACUCACUACAAAACCAGAAGUACGACGACGUCAUGGCUACAUACCUGCUGCUAGGCCGAAAAGCUCCAGAGUUUGAGGGCAACGAGCCGCUGACCAACAGUAUCCUGGGCCAGCGUCAGCGGCCGACCAGCGACAUUAACAACAGCGCCAGCAUUUCCCCUGCCCAUCCCAAGGUCACGCGCAGCAUAUCGGCCAAUCAGAAGCAGCGCCGCUACAGUGAUCAUGUGGGUCCGUCGGUACCACCAGCAGUGUCAUACUCUAAGCGUAAUCAGGCCCUGAGCGUAGAAAGUGACCACAGAGAAGAGUGGGAUGGAGCUCGCCGGCUCGAGCUCAGCACUUCAAAAGGAGACGUUCCUGCUUCGCCGUUGGGGGUGCAGGAGAGGAAGAAAACUUCGAGUGCUGUGGGGACCAAUGGUUCAAUGACCCGCAGGAACACAUAUGUGUGUGAACGAACCUCCACUGAUCGCUAUUCAGCUAUUCCCAAUGGCAAAGACAGCAGUUUAACAGAAGUGUCAGGCAGCACGCCCUCCACUGCACUGAGCUCUACACGACCCCGUCACACUAAGUCCAUGUCAGCGUCGGGCCAUCCUUCAAAAAGCACGCUGCCCCCCAUCGACGACAACACGGAGCUGAAAGCUAGCUCCUCUCCACGGGAUCCAUCCAAUUCUCCAUCUGUGCACAGUAUUAGCACCCCCGAGAAGAACCGCUUCCCCCGCGGCACAACCAGCCGCAGCACCUUUCACGGAGCUCAACUCAGAGACCGCCGCAGUGCUACGUACAAUGGCCCCCCCGCCUCGCCCACGCUGUCCCACGACACGGGGGCUCUUGCUCAGCAGCGCAGGGGGACGUCCACGGGAAUCAUCAGCAAGAUCACCUCAAAGUUUGUCCGCAGAGCUAUGUCUUUCAGGUCGACCCGGAGGGUGCCCAGUGAGGGCGAGGCCAGUGCCAGGACUGAAACACCAAGGAGUGCAUCUGGCGACACCAAGGACGACGCCGGUCGGGACUCCAAGCCCCGCUCGCUGCGUUUCACCUGGAGCAUGAAGACCACUUCCUCCAUGGACCCCGCGGACAUGAUGCGGGAGAUCCGUAAGGUCCUGGACGCCAACAGCUGCGACUACGAGCAGCGCGAGCGCUUCCUGCUGUUCUGCGUUCACGGCGACGCGCGCCAGGACAAUCUAGUCCAGUGGGAGAUGGAGGUGUGCAAGCUGCCCCGCCUUUCGCUCAACGGCGUACGCUUCAAGAGGAUAUCGGGCACGUCCAUCGCCUUUAAGAACAUCGCCUGCAAAAUUGCCAACGAGCUCAAACUGUGACGGCAGAUGGAACACCGCCCGGGCCUUCGGGUGAGCUCUGGUUACACUCUCAUCCCAUCACUGGAUUAGUGUUGACUCAUAGGACAAAAUCAGCACUGAAGCCCCAGCACACCACCGUGCAGAAUCAAGGUGGAUCGGGCUGGCUAACGUGCAGCACUGGCCCGCGAAUGUACUGUACAGGGUAGGGUGACUCGGACAGAUAGCAAAAACCAACUAACCUAGCCUUUUUUUUCCCUCUUCUCUCCCCACCAACGCCGUCUCCCGAUCAGCCUGCUGCUCCACGUUAAAGGACGCAGUUAUAUAACACAUGCAGUAUGCAACUGAAGAUGACCAUUCGGCAAUAAGUUUUCAGUCUGUUCGAAAUACUUUGAGAUCUGCUCUCCUUGCUGAAUAACCAUUAAAAUUACUGUAAGCUAAAGCUAACCGCUUUUCCACCUAUGUUAAGGCAGUAUAUAGAUCAGGCUGGAGCUCGUACUAAAACUAUGUAAAAAAGAAAAAAAAAAGAAUUGUACUGUAUGCAUAACAUCUGCAGGUACUGUACUGUAUAUUCACUUUUAGUUCUGUACAGAAUUUUAUUGUUAAUACUGUCUUUUUUUUCCAUGGGAUUGAGUUAUUUCCUUCUCCGAAUCAUGUCUCUUAGAGCAUUCCCCUUUCUGUCUGAUAUUGAUUUUAUCCUUUUUUUUCUUGUUUUUUUUGUUUUGUAAGAACCACCAUUUGAAAAUAGUGUUUUUCAGUUUUAUUUAAAGAGGACUAAAUUAUUUUGUGGAUAAUGAAGGGACGCGAUGUUCCCUUGCCUUUUUGUGUUAUGUUUGCCUAUGGAGAAAAAAAAAAAAAAA